AUGAAGGUCCUUCUAGUUCUUAUUGGGUUCAUAGCUUCGUGUGUUUGUAAUGUUAUACCCUCAAUUCCUGGUGAUAAUAGUAACUAUGUAGAGGGUGUUAACCGUUAUAUCUGGAUGCCUGAUGGUGAGGGUGUGCCGCAACUAGUAGACCUGGAACAGUCUGUAUAUGUUUCGAAUCCCCGCUCUGGAGCUGAUAAUCAGUAUUGGCUUUAUACCAGAGAAAAUCCUAUUAAUGCUGAAAUUUUGAUAAAUGGCGACGCUGAGUCUAUCCGGAGCUCUAACUAUAAUAGCAGCAGACCUUUAAUAGUUCUUGUCCACGGCUGGUAUGGCAGUGCAAAUUCAGAAGACAACAUUCUGAUCACGUCUGCUGUUCUCGAAGCAGACGACGUUAACGUUAUCGUACUAGACUGGCAUGUAGCUGCAAGUUUGGACUACGUGAAUGCUGUUGCAAGCACUCUUGAUGUUGGUGAAUACUUAGCUAGUUUCCUUGAAUGGCUCACGGAUACGGACGAUGAACAUGCACGAUGCUGUUGUUGUGUUGGUCCUUUUUGGAAUAAUCUGCAUUUAAUUGGAUUCGGCUUGGGAGCUCAUGUAAUCGGAGUUGCUGGUCGACAAGUUGGAGGCAGACCGGGGCGGGUUACGGGUUUGGAUCCCUCUGGUCCACUUUGGAAUGAAAACCCGAAUGCAUUGGACAGUAAUGCUGGACGAUACGUCGAAGCUAUUCAUACAGACGGUGGUAGUCUGGGUAUAUUCACCCCGAUCGCAGACGCUGAUUUCUAUCCCAAUGGCGGAAGAAACCCUCAACCUGGUUGUGCUAUCAGUACCUGCUCUCACAACCGCGCACCAGAACUGUUUGCGUCCAGUGUUAUUACUAAUCACUUUGAAGGCAGGUUAUGUGAUGAUAUCAAUCAGGCAGAGAAUGUUCAGUGUAGCGGUAGCAUUUUCAACAUGGGCAACGCGAUCAGCAAUAAAAGAGGUUCCGGCAUCUACGGCCUGGCAACGGGAAGUAAUUGGCCUUUUUAA